AUGGAACACUCUGUUACUCUGCUUUCUUCAGCCACGGGCGAGGGAGAAGCAAACAAGGUCGGCGAUCACCCCAGCCACGUCGGUGCUGAGGCUGAGGCUAGGACGACGGCCAAGAAUCAGCGCAGGAAGGUCCAAAAUCGGAAGAACCAAAGAGCACACCGAUUGCGGAAUAGAGAGCAAGAUCCAGGUUCUGUUCAGACGUCGCGCUCAUUCCAAGUCAGGCGCUGGCGCCUGGACGAACACGAUGUUGGUCCCUCCCAAGACGCCUCGACAGCAUCAAAAUGUGCAACCGCCACGUCCACUUCCCCUCGAUGGUCUCAGCCUCAAAUCAGUGCCAGUACUUCAAUUAUUACACCUGAACGCGCCGUAAAAGGGCCACCACCCACCCCGGUCCGGGCCCAGACGUCCCUAACUGCCCCCUCCUUCGUCUUUCCCCUCUCAACUGAUCACCUCCUCCAUCUAAUUCAAUAUAAUGUCUUCCGUGCUUUUGUCUCCAACAAGCGCACUCUCAAUACUCUUCUGACGGGCUGGACUGAUAAUCCUCCCUCCCCAACCACCUGUCCUCUAAGCGGUCCUUACCGUGACGACACAAGCGUCUACCCUUUGAACCCCAACAUUCCUCUCUCCCUCGCCCCGACCCGCCUCCAACAAACCCGCUUGCACUCCAUUUGGAUCAAUUUCUUCCCCUUCCCCCGUCUCCGUGAUAAUCUUAUAAGACGCGAAGGAACUUUUGACCACUGGGAGCUGCUACAAGACCUCAUUGGUGAGCUCAUGGGCGCCACGCCGGUUCAAAGACGACGAGGUACGCCCUUCACCUUUACUGUGUCCGAUCCCCAAACUAUGCGGACCCUGCCCCUCACAACAGGACGUGAUGAGGAUGAGGUCACCGCGGGGCGCAAGGGAAUGAUUGUUUGGGGUGAACCGUACGACAUGCGGAACUGGGAGGUUACCCCCGGCUUUCUGGCGAACUGGUCAUGGGCUGUGGAAGGAUGCGACGAUUUAGUCGAAUCUAGUAACCACUGGAGGCUGAUGAGAGGAGAGGAACCUAUUCAUCUCUCUGAAACGACAAUGUAG